AGGCUGCGUAACAGAAUCGACGCGCGAUUUAACAGGGCACGAUUAUGCCGAAUCGGAAUCGACGACUCGCUGUAUUUGCAAAUGGUCCUGUGCAUUCGGCUGCGUUUGCGAUGCCGUAAAACUUCACAAAGUAACGCGAUUAAGUUGUAACGAUUUGGUUAUUGUCGUUACUUGUGCCGCUGUCGUUACGUUACUUGUUGCGUCAACGUCAAGAAUGUCGAUCGCCUUCCUGAGCCAGAAGCAUCGUCAGGGAGUGGAAGUGACUCAGUCCAUCAUACAGAAGAUCCUGGACGAGAACAACCAGCUGAUCCAGUGCAUCGUGGACUACCAGAACAGAGGGAAAUCCUCCCAGUGCACACAGUACCAGCAGAUCCUACACAGGAACCUUGUUUACCUUGCUACGAUUGCUGACUCAGCACAGUCCACGCCGGCCAAUCAGAGCGCGAGCGCGUUGGUGGGUGGCGGCCUCCAGGCUCAAGACGGAUUGGUCGGAGUGGGUCACAUGAUCGACUCGGCAGCCUUCAGCGGCUCGCUCGGAGGGCAGCAGCAGCAGCAGCAUCAGCAGCAGCAGCAGCAUCAGCAUCAGCAGCAGCAUCAGCAGCAGCAUCAGCAGCAGCAACAGCAUCAGCAGCAGCAGCAGCAGUCGCCUCUGCUCCCGCCGGCGCCGCGUGACGCCCUCGGCCAAUCGGCGGCCUCCGCUCAGCAGCGGCAGGGCGGCCCCGCGGGGGAGGCCUCGGGAGGCCCCGGGAGCAAAGGUCACCACACGGCGAGGCAGCCAAUGGGGAUGCAGCAGGGGACCGCUGGCCCAUUCCCUGGCCCCCCACACUCGUCGCUGCAGGGGAGACCGCCCGCACCCAGCCUGCAGCCCCCCACUGUGGGGGCCCCCCACAUCGCCCAGACGGUCGACGCAGCCCCCCACACGGAGCCCGGAACCGCACUGAGCGGAAUCAGCGGCGGUGCGAAGCAACCAGCACCGGCACCACCGGCACCACCGGCACCACCGGCACCACCGGCACCACCACCACCACCACUCCUCAACGCGUAUCCACAGCUCCCACAGCCAGGGAGGCUCCCCCUACAGCGCUUUGCGGCUGGCCAGGAGGACUUCUACGUGGAGACGUUCAACCACGCGGGGGGGGUCCGCUGAUCAAGGGGGCUAUUCAAUGUCUUACCCACAGGUUCAACCCUUCCCUCAGCAACAGUACAACACUCAGCCUGGCUAUGAUUCCACGCCAACUUCCGUGGUGGAGUUUGGUGGCUACGGUGGUGGUGGUGGUGGCGGUGGCUACGGUGGUGGUGGUGAUGGUGGUGGCGGUGGUGGCGGUGGUGGUGGCGGUGGUGCCGAUGGUGGUGGCGGUGGUGGUGUCAGCUACUCCGUGUCCUCUACGGCAGCAAGUCCUGGUGUCAGCUUGCAGCCUGCAGGCGGCGCCUACAGAUAUGGGCAGGGCCACUUUGGAGGCUUCCAGUGACGGUCGGCGCAGACUCAGCACCCUGAACCCUGAACUCUGAACCCUGAACCCUGCACCAUCUCAGCCUGGUGGUGGUGAUGGUCGUGGUAGUUGUGGUGGUGAUGGUGAUGGUGGUUGUGGUGGUGGUGGUGGUGGUGGUAGUUGUGGUGAUGG